GUCCGGUUCUGGAGCUCAGCUGUGCGGACUGCUCCACACCGAGCUCAGCUGGAGAUCCAGGGUGGUCCAGAGCCUCGGCACUCGACCUCAGCCUGAAUCCGGUCCAUGUGAAGAGAUUGUGGGGUCGAGACUGGGAGUCUGCCGGAGAGUCCUGAACUCUGGCACAUUAACGAGCAUCACCUGUGAGGUAACCCAGAGGGGGCGGUCCCAUAAAGAACUGCUAGAGGAAGGUGUGCAGACGGGUAUAAAGUCUACCAGAGAGCUCAUUCAGGUGUCUCUGAUCCCUCGGGGAGGAAGCAGGCGUAAAAAGACGAUCAUUAACUUUCACAUGUUGGACUUGAACGCAACGCGACCAUAGAGGCCCCUGGCUGCUGCUGGAUAUUAACCGCAGUGUCAGGCUGACCCGGGUCAACACACCGAGUACAGUCUGUGUGAUGAAUCUGAUCAGCGUCAACAGAUUCCCACUGAGACGGUUAUCGGCAAUGUCUCAGACCGUCCCUCCGAUCCUCUCCGUGGCCCCCACUCGGGCUCUGGUCGAUGAGAAGUUCAAGGUCGUGGUGGAGAAUCUGCCUCCAGGAUGUCCAGUAACGCUCCACUCCCUCCACCACUCGGAGGACAAGGACUACUGGGAGGCGUACGGACACUACAUCAGUGAUCACACAGGAACCGUGUCUGUUGCGGAGGAUUUGAGUUUCGGGGGCACGUACACAGGAAGAGAAGCCAUGGGUUUGUUGUGGAGCAUGCGUCCUGUCCCCGGCAGCCGCACAGGCCUCAGGUUGAGGAAGAUGAACGUCUGCAGUCCCAUGCUGGUCAACAUCUCGGCCUACAGUGGACAUGUGGCCGAGGGCUUCAGGGAGCGCGCUCCUCUGGCGUCGGUGCUCACGGAGAGAUGGUACAUGGCUCCGGGGGUGCGGAGGGUCGAUAUCAGAGAGAACGGAGUGCGAGGAACCCUCUUCAUACCUCCAGGUCCGGGUCCGUUCCCGGGGGUGUUGGAUAUGUGGGGGGGCGGCGGGGGGCUGUUAGAGUACCGUUCGUCCUUGCUGGCGUCCCACGGUUACGUUUCUUUAGCACUGGAGUAUUUCUCCCCCGGUGAGCUGGAGUCUGCAGAUCUAGAGUUCAACUACUUUGAGACGGCGUUUAAUAUCGUCAAGGACCAUCCUCAAGUGAUCCCGGACAAAGUUGGACUAUUCGGUCUUUCCCUCGGCUCCAUUGUGACCAUGCAUUUGGCAUCCGAGAGCACCGUUAUCAAGCCUGGUUGCUGUGUUUGUAUCAGCGGCAACCACUUCCACGAGCGCGGGAAGACCCUGAGAGGAAUCCUUCAAACAAUGGGCAGGAAUUCUCACAUGGCGCGCGUGGAUGAGAACAACCAUCACAUAUGGCGAUAUAUUGGUCUAGAGGUUAUGAAGGACCCCUCAAAGAAACUGGACGUGGGAAAAAUAAACUGUCCAAUGCUGUUGGUCAACGGUUGUGAUGAUCAGAACUGGCCCGCAGUGGAGUCUGCUGAAGAUAUAGCCCAGAUGAUGCGAGCAGCAGGGAAGGAGCACCUGCUGACCAGACUGGAAUACCCCGACACCGGACAUCUGAUUGAGCCGCCCUUCUCGCCCCACUUCAGGGCCACUAAGUUUAUAACACACAUCACCAAAGAGAAAGUGAUAUUGCUGUGGGGAGGACAAACCAAACCCCACUCAGACGCUCAGGAAGACUCCUGGAGGAAGAUUUUAGCCUUUCUGAAGCAUCAUUUGUACUCGAGCUCGACUCCCAGAGCUCGGAUGUGAGUGCAGAACACAGACCAUGUUUACUACCUCAACGUCACCACGCGGGUUCUCGCUCUACCAGGCGCCUUCGCUGUGAUGAACUGAAGUACUGAAGAUUUGUAUUAGGUUGUUUAACCACAUUUAUUCUUCUUCUCUAUUAUUAUCUUUCUGUCUUUGUUUAAUUAUCUGCAGGCUUCAAACUUUAAGGUGUAUCUACAUGUGGCAGUAAUAAUAAUGUUAGUUUGAGGAUGAAAUUCUCCAAAGGAACAAAGGAGAGAUUGUGUUUAAUUAAAUUAAUUAAAUGAUAAUAUAAUUUCGUAUUGUUUUCUUUUCAUAUUCUUUUAUCAGAUACUGGUUCAUUUCUCACUGUUCUUGUACGAUUGCUUGUGUUCAGACAUUGUUUUGUUAUAUGAAUAAAUGGUUUUAGCUGCUUA